UCUGCACACAAUUUUAUUCAUCAGUGAAAUCUUAUCUCAUUUGUUUCAACAAUUUCUUAAAAUUAUGAUAGAGCAAGUAAUGUUAAAAAGAGUCAUUUACAUUACGUGGCUUAGUGUAGCUUUGUGCUUCUGUUGGCCAAUUUCUGCUAAUAGCAAUAGAAAUCAAAUCAUUGUUUUCAGAUUUUUACAAAUCUUUACUAUUAUUAGCUCUUGUUUGGGAAGCUUGCCUAUGUUUCAUUCGAUAUAUUUACACCAAGACGAUAUCGUCAUUGUCGCUAAGUCUAUAAGCAUAGUGGUAGUUUUUAUUCAAUUAAUUGUUCAAACCACUAUAUGCGCGAUCAAACAUGAUACUUUACAACAUAUAAUCGAAGAAAUGAUAACCUAUAUUAAAGAGGCAAAACAAUACGAAAAAGAAAUAAUGCAGAAAUAUGUAGCAAAAUGUUAUAUCCUUUAUGGAAGUGCUAUAAUAAUUUCAUACUUAACUACGACAAUAUUUAUAUUAGGACCUAUAUUCUUACCUGUUUCAUUACCAUUCUAUACAGAAUUUCCAUUAAGCCUUAAUAAUACGGCAGUAUAUAUUAUAAUAUAUUUCCAUCAAUGUUUCUUUGCUUAUCAAUGUUCUGCAACUGUGUGCCUAAGCAUAUUUGGAGCGCUUUUAUUAUGGUUCGUGGUCAUUAGAUUUGAAUGUUUGAUCGCGAAGAUACAGAAUAUUUCAAACAAAGAUAUGAUGGUCAUUUGUAUAAAAAAACAAUUACAAAUCAGGAGAUACGCAAAAGAAAUAGCCAAUUGUCUCCAGCAUAUCAUUUUUUACACUAUAAUAGCAACAUCAUUUAAUAUGAUUCUUGCUGGUAUUAUACUAAUAAUGAAUCCUCUAUUAAUUAUAAAAAUACAGUUUAUGAUCACAUGUUUCACUGCACUCAUAGAAGUUUAUUUAUAUGCAUGGCCAGCGCAAUACAUGGAUGAUAUGAGUAAAAAUGUUUCAAUAAGUGCAUAUAACUUAAAAUGGUAUGAACAGACAUCAGAAAUGCAACAAAACAUAUUGAUUAUGCUGAUAUUUCAAAAACCAAUAUCUCUUUCCAUCAAUUUUUUAGUGCCAAAACUUUCUUUGCGCUCUUAUUGUGCGAUUGAUUGA